AUGUCAUGGCUGAAAAAGCACAAUCCCCAGAUUUCAUGGGAAAAGCACACUCUUGUUUUCAACUUGUUAUACUGUUCCAAUAAUUGUUUAUUGGUACCUACUGUCUUGGAACUUAAGGCAACAGAAGGAAUCCCUAUCCCCUAUCAGGAAUUUUCCAAGGUCUUUUCUGAGGAAGAAUCAUCCAAAUUGCCACCCCAUUGCCCUUAUGAUAUUGCUAUUGAGUUGCUUCCUGACGCAAAACCCCGGCAUGGCCCCAUAUAUAGUUUAGGCCCAAGGGAAGAUGCAGAACUGAAGCAAACCAUAGAAAAACAACUUAAGGCCGGUCUGAUUUGUCCCUCCAAAUCCCCUAUGGCUUCUCCAAUUCUAUUUGUCAAAAAGAAGAAUGGAAAACUACGCAUCAUGACCAAAAAGAACGUAUAUCCCUUACCUUUGCCACAGAACCUUAUUGAAAAGUUACAAGGCGCCAAGAUCUUUAGUAAAUUUGAUCUCAAGGCAGGAUAUAAUUUAGUCCGGAUCAAAGAAGGCAACAAAUGGAAAACAGCCUUCAAGACAAAAUAUGGACUAUUCAAGUACUUGGUUAUGCCCUUUGGGUUAACAAAUGCGCCGGCGGCUUUUCAAGAUAUGAUGAACAAGAUAUUCAGGGAUCUUCUGGAUGUUUAUGUCAUUAUAUACCUGGAUGAUAUCCUAGUCUUCUCCCUGAAUGAAAGAGAUCAUGAAAACCAUGUUUGGGAAGUAUUAAAAAGGCUACAAGACAACAAUCUCUUCUGCAAUAUUGAAAAAUGUCACUUCCAUGUCAAAAAAAUUGAUUACCUGGGAUUUAUCAUAUCAGAAUUUGGCAUAGAGGUGGAUCAAUCCAAAGUCACGGAUGCAAUGAACUGGUCAACGCCUAAGAAUGUCAAAAACAUUCAAGAAUUCUUAGGAUUUGUAAAUUUUUAUAGACAAUUUAUCCCCAAUUUUGGUAACAUGGCACAACCCCUAUACAAUUUGCUCAAAAAAGACAGCCUAUGGGAAUGGGAAUCAGCGGAACAACAAUCCUUUGACGGUCUAAAGAAAUGCCUUACUUCAGCGCCAUUGCUCUUACAGCCGGACACAACAAAACAGUUUUACAUAGAAUGCAACGCAUUGGACUAUGCCACUGGAGCUAUACUAUCCCAACGUAACCCUGAAGGGAAACUGGCUCCAGUAGCCUAUCUAUCCAAGUCACUAUCUCCAGCCAAGAAAAAUUAUGACAUAUUUGACAAGGAAUUAUUGGUGGUCAUUAGGGCAUUUAAAGAAUGGCGCCAUUUACUGGAAGGAUCAGAAUUACCAAUCCAAGUUCUAACAGAUCAUAAGAAUUUGGAGUAUUUUUCUAUGUCACAAUCCCUGAACAAGUGUCAGAUCCAAUGGGCAAAUUUCCUAGUAGAUUACAACUUCCAAAUUAUCUACAGGCCAGGAGCACAAAACAAGAAGGCGGAUAUCCUUUCAAGACAUUACAAUUUGGUACCCCUUGAAGGGGGGGUAGAGAACCAAGUUCUCCUGAAACCGGAACUUUUUAUUUCAUCAAUCACACCAGACCAAGAAAUUAAUGAUUUGAUUGGCAAAGCAAUCUAUGAGGACAACCGUCUUAAAGAGAUCUUGUACAAACUCCAGAACAAGGAAAAGGUCACAGAUUGGGAAUUAAAAGAAGGAUUACUAUGGCAUCAAGGGAAAAUCUUUGUACCUAAGGACAACACCAUCAGGAACCUCAUCUUGGAAUCUAGACAUGACGCGUUAGCUGCAGGACACCCAGGACAAGCUAGAACAUUAGAGCUUGUCUCCAGGAAUUACUACUGGCCAUCUCUAAAAAAGUUUGUCAACUCAUAUGUCAGUCACUGCAAAACCUGCAUUAGGUCCAAACCAACAAACCAAGCACCUAUAGGCCUGUUGAAACCACUGCAAAUUCCAGAAAGACCUUGGGAAGACAUUGCCUACAACAUGAUUGUAGGACUACCUAUUUCAGAAGGCUUUGACGCAAUCCUCACUGUCAUUGACCGAUUCUCAAAAAUGGUUCAUUUCAUUCCCACCCAAUCCACGGCGUCUGCUAUUGACAUUGCCAACUUGUUCAUCACGUAUGUUUGGAAGUUACACGGAUUACCCAAAAGUACAGUCUCAGACAGAGGGCCUACAUUCAACGCCAAGUUCAUUUGCCAUCUUUAUAAGAGACUAGAUAUCAAGCCAACAUAUUCUACGGCAUAUCACCCUCAAACAGAUGGCCAGACCAAACGCAUACAGAGAGAAGCCAAGAUCUUUAUACGCAUGUUUGGAAAUCAUUGCCAAUCAGAUUGGGUAUCAUUACUACCCUUGGCCAAAUUUGCUUUGAACAACUUAAAGCAAACUUCCACUGGCAAAUCCCCAUUCCAAAUAUGUUACGGCUAUAAUCCAAGAUUCUCAGUAGGCCAGAAAUCAGAUGAAGUAGUACCCAAUGCAGACGAGCACGCAGUAUUCCUGGAGAAAGGCUACAAUGAAGUCAAAGCAGCACUCUCCUUGUCACAGGAAAGGAUGAAGCACUUCUAUGAUCAAUGCCAUAGGAAAGAAGAAGAAAUCCAAGUAGGGGAUAAAGCCUGGUUGAGUCAUCAGAAUAUAUCCACCAACAGACCAUCCAUGAAGCUUAGCCACAAAAACUAG